CGGCGAAAGGAAAACGCGCGGUCCCUCUACAGCCCUUCUGAAAAUAACAUUCGAUUAAAACCGCUACGAUUCUGAAGACGCGGAAAAAAACAGUUUAUUUCUAUCCUGCAUUCGCGACGUUACAUUUCAAAAGUUGAAAUGAUCAGACUCACGUUCUUCGCUUGUCUAUUAACGAUAGUCGUCGCAGGAUAUCCACCGUUGCAAUUAAUUUACCAAUGGAAGAAUGUGUGUUACUACAACGUGACGGACAAUGAAGUUGUGAAGGACCUUCCUAACACGUGCACAUCGGUUAACGAUGCUAUAUCUGGUAUAAAGCUGUGGAAGGGUUACAUUUAUCUUACGAUACCCCGAUGGAAGAGUGGAGUUCUAGUCACCCUUGCAAGGAUACCGUCAACUCCGUCGCAGGAAAAGGACGGCUCGGACGUCGUGAGUCCGAACCUGGAAGCUUAUCCAGAUUGGGAAAUGCAGACGGUGGGUGAUUGCGACAAGUUACAAUCCGUCCAGAGUAUGGAGAUCGACCCUCAGGGUAGGAUGUGGGUCCUGGACACGGGACGAAUCGAGACGAUGGCCAAAUAUCCGAAAAUUAAGUGUGCUCCACGUCUGGUGAUAUUGGACUUGGAAAACGGAGGAAUGGUGUUGAGGAGGUUCAAAUUCUCCAACGACGUUGCUCGUCACAACUCUUCCAAUUUGAACGACAUCGUUCUCGACCAUGAGGAUGGCGGCUACGCCUAUAUAUCAGACAGCGGACCUGAACCCGCGAUCAUAGUUUACUCCCUGAAGGACAACAAGGCUUGGAAGUUCACCCACAAUUCCAUGAAAGCCGAGACCGAGGCGGUAAACUUUAAGGUGUCAGAUACCAACGUGAAUCAGUCCAUCAACAUCCGCGGCAUCGCACUUUCCCCCUUGGAAUCGAACGGGAAUAGGAUACUUUACUACUCGUCGGUAUCUUCGUUUCAUCUUUAUUACAUUCCUGUAAAGGUCUUGCAAAAUGGCUCGAUAACAAACGUUCACAAGUACGUACGUGAGGUGGGGAGAAGAACUUCUCAGACCAGCGGUAUGGUUAUGUCGAACACCGGGGUUCUUUACUACGGUCUUUUGGCCGACGACGCCAUCACCAUGUGGGACACUUUGACCACUCCGACCUUCGUUAGUGGGCAGAGAACCAUGUACAGGAAUCAUUCGCUCCUCCAGUGGCCCGAUACCUUUGCUUUUGAUGAAGAUGGUCAACUUUGGUGGGUCACCAACAGGUUUCAGAACUUUUUGAACGAUAAGGUUGACAAGACACAGAUUAACUACAGAAUUUUGUCCAGUAAUGUUACGCAGAAGAAUUAUCAGUACUUUCGCAACGGAACUGCACCGGAACUUUCGGUUAUCACUGCUGCUGCUGGUCAAAUUCGAAUUGCUAUAUCCACCGCAUUUGCCAUUCUCCUCGUUUUCCUCGCUUGUUAAUCUAUGAGUUUUGGAAAAUUGUGUGCUACGGAAAAACUCUGCUUACAU